AUGGAGAUGGAAGUUCCAUCGGGGUACCAUUUUUGUCCUAUGAAUAAAGAGAUCAUUAUUGAUUAUCUAGGUAACAAGUUGAAUGGUGGAAAUAUUCCUUCAAAUAUGGUCAAGGAAUUCGAUGUUUACACCAUAGAGCCAUGGUUACUACCAGGAGCUGAAAUGGUUAAUAGUGGUGCCAAGAAAUCACUCUAUUUCUCUGUUACCUUGAGAUUAAUCUCUGCAAAAGGUGGGUCAAGACCUCAUCGUACAGCUGGUAAUGGCUUUUGGAGGGCUUGUACAGGUGACAAAUUUGUUGUAGACACACUCGAGCAGCAGAGGAGCACGAUAGGUUACGUCAAGCAAUUGACGUAUCACAUGUUUGCUGAUGGUCAUGGCAAACAUUCAUGCAAAGAAAGUAAGAAGACCGACUGGAUAAUGCACGAGUACAUGCAUACAAAGAUUCUAACUAACCCAAAUGUUGUGUGUUGUGUAACAGUCUUCAGUAAUGGUGGCUUAUCUGCAUUACUUUUCCUAGUGAUUGCUUAUGAAUUAGCAGCUGACACUGCUUUGGAUCAUGGUUUGAGUUACCAGUAUCAGAUUGCCCGAUACGGUUGA